AUGCAACAGUCGACGUUGCAAUCACCAUUGAUGUCUUUUCCCAACCAAAGUGAGAAGAGAAACUCCGUUUGCUCCUUGUCAAAGUUAUCUGAAGUAGCUGCUGCAGAAUUUGGAUUUGAAGAGCUGAUGCCGCCGCAAACUGGAGCUGGAACUGCAAGUAGAAAGAGAUCGCUGCUAUCCAUGACUUCCGAUCUGAGCAAUAUUCUUGCCGAAUCAGUUGAGAUGAAGAAAUCGGACUCUGCUCUGGGUACCAAUGUUAAGCCGCAAAUUACAUUUAUCCAUAGGCUAUACAACAUGUUGUACGACGACUCGAUCUCGCACUUGAUUUGGUGGGAUGAACACCGGGAAACAUUUCACAUCAAUGCCUCAGACGAGUUUACUUCCGUCUUGGCCAAGUAUUUCAAGCACAGCAACGAACAAUCGUUUAUUAGACAGUUGAAUAUGUACGGUUUCCACAAGAUCAGCGACAGCUCAACGGACAAGAAAAACCCCAAAAGCUCAAAAUUGUGGGAGUUUAAACAUUCUCAGGGACAGUUUAAGAAAGGCGGUUGGGAUGCCUUGAGUUCGGUAAGAAGAAGAAGUACCAAGAACCUCAAUGCUCAGCGUGAAGUGGUCAACUUGAAACCGGUGCCGUUUGUUACCACUAUUGCAAGUGCUCAUUCAUCCUCAGCGUCAAACUCGCCAUCGGGAGACUCUUCGUCGUUGCCUACUCCAAUCAACGACCUUAGCGUGUCACCCACAAGCGAAUCACAGUCUUCAUACUUUGCUCCAAGACUAUUACAACCGCCACCACCACUACCAGCUGCACCUCCAGCAGCACCUCCAGCAGCAUCUCCAGCAGCACCUCCAGCUGUAGCACCUCCAGCACCACCAACAGCACCACAACUGGCUGCUCAACUUUAUCCUAAUAAUGUCAGUGCUCCAAUGACCCCUUCAGCUUCGAUUAAUGUCCAACCCCCUUUGCCUGGAAAUUGGCAACACCCUCAACAACAGCAACAACAACAGCAGCAACAACGUUUGCCGCAGACAUUUUUACCCGCACCGCCAUUGCAAGAGCCCUGCAGACAACAACCAAGACAUUCAAUGGAUUACACUUUUAGACCUUCGAUUCCAACACUCUCUUCGUCGCUUCUCAAUGUCAAUAAAUUGACAAUUCAAUCAGCGCCAGAUGAUGUUUUCCAGCUUCGACAAGAAGUAUCGCGUCUCAAGGGCAAACUUUGCCACUUGCAGAAUUUGCAACAGCAACAAUCUAGAGAUAUGAUGACACUUUUGGAUAUCGUCGAUGACAUCUCGUCUCCAACGUUGUCUGCUGAGAGAUUCAAACGGAUCCAGCUCUUGAAGAGCACCAUCACCAAUAGAAAUCUACAAGUUGAAAUGUACACAAUAAGUCAAAGCACACCAAGCUCCCCACAAUCGCAAUACCAUCUUUCGCCACGGCCCAGAACUACACAUGGAGUCAUUGACCAACAACAGCAACAGCAACAGCAGAUAAUACGAAAAAGACAAGAUUCAUCGUGUAGUCCGCUCAGAAAGGACAGCACUUGGGCGGCAACAGGUGCUGCACAGUCACAGUCACAACCACAACCGCAACCACGCCAUUACGAGCUUCAGCAACCAAAUUUAUCGAGAGCUCACUCGCUCCCACUUCUGGCUAGGCCAUACUUACAACUAAGCAGAACCUCCUCAUUGAACGAGUCGAAAUUGCGCGUUGGUGUCAUGCAGAAUUACCAUUCCAACUUGGUCAUCUGCAGACGUGGCAGCAGCAGCAAUUCGAGUCAGAGUGGGUUUGGCACUGGCAUGUCUACGAGAUUACCAAGCGUUUUCGAGUUGGAUCUGAACUUGGUGCGCUUCCCGCCCAUGCUGCAUCCUGCCACGGAACUGCAACCAAAUUUGAAGAAGUUAAAAUUGAGUUGA